AUGGUUCAACAACCCCCCCAACCAGGAGGUUCGCGGAAGAUCUCCUUCAACGUUUCCGACCAAUACGAAAUCCAAGAUGUCAUCGGCGAGGGCGCUUAUGGUGUGGUCUGCUCUGCCAUUCACAAGCCGUCCAGCCAGAAGGUUGCGAUCAAGAAGAUCACUCCAUUCGACCACUCCAUGUUCUGCUUGCGAACACUGCGCGAAAUGAAGCUGCUGCGGUACUUUAACCACGAGAACAUCAUCUCCAUUCUGGAUAUCCAACGGCCUCGCAACUACGAGGGGUUCAAUGAGGUUUACCUGAUUCAAGAACUCAUGGAAACUGACAUGCACCGAGUCAUUCGUACACAAGACCUGUCCGAUGACCACUGCCAAUACUUUAUCUACCAGACCCUUCGAGCCCUCAAGGCCAUGCACUCCGCCAAUGUCCUUCACCGAGAUCUCAAGCCUUCCAACUUGCUUCUCAACGCCAAUUGCGACUUGAAAGUGUGUGAUUUCGGUCUGGCGCGAUCGGCCGCAUCCACCGACGACAACUCCGGAUUCAUGACGGAAUAUGUGGCCACUCGCUGGUACCGUGCACCGGAAAUCAUGUUGACCUUCAAAGAAUACACCAAGGCCAUUGACGUGUGGAGUGUUGGAUGCAUUUUGGCUGAGAUGUUGAGCGGAAAGCCUCUUUUCCCCGGAAAGGAUUAUCAUCACCAGUUGACACUCAUCUUGGAUGUGCUUGGCACACCCACCAUGGAAGACUACUACGGUAUCAAGUCUCGCAGAGCGCGCGAGUACAUCCGUUCUCUCCCCUUCAAGAAAAAGAUUCCUUUUAGAGCUCUCUUCCCUAAGAGUAACGAUCUGGCCUUGGAUCUUCUCGAGAAGUUGCUAUCUUUCAACCCCGCCAAGCGUAUCACUGUGGAGGAUGCCUUGCGUCACCCCUACCUGGAGCCCUACCACGACCCCGAUGAUGAACCAACUGCACCUCCCAUUCCAGAUGGGUUCUUCGAUUUCGACAAGAACAAGGAUGUAUUGAGCAAGGAGCAGCUGAAGCUCCUGAUUUACGAGGAGAUUAUGCGGUAA